AUGUGUGUGCGCGCGUGCGUGUGCGUGUGUGCAUCUAUAAUGCUGCUGCUCCCGCAGACCACCUCAGUGCAUCCGAGUAAAACGCGACAGCACAUCUGAUAAACACGCUAUGGGCCAAAAUGGUGGAUUUAAAAGACUAAAAUGUGCUGAGAAGUCGUGUUCUUCCUGUCGGAAGAGGACAGAUGUCUGCCUGUGAAAGAGCUUGCCUUUCAGAUGACAAUUUGUGACUUCAGGCACAGGUGUUUGCCAGAGCAAAUCGUGUUUCCAUUUCCACCGAGAAAGGCAUCAGUAACUGGGAUAGCUGUGACAGCUCAGGCUGCCUGAGGGCCAGACUAUGGGCUCUAGAGGAGUGGAGAGGCGCAAACCGGCCACCCCGGCCCAGACCCCAGAGGGCAACGUAGUGAUGAGCUUCAGCUUCGAGAGCUAUCAACUGGAGGAAGAGGACUGCCAAGGCAAAGACGUCCCAGACAAAGGGGUUCUGGCUCUAUCAGAACCUGCGUUGGAGGAACAAGUUCCAGAUGAUCGCUAUCAUGGAAUCUAUUUUGCAAUGCUUUUGGCUGGAGUUGGCUUCCUGUUACCCUACAAUAGCUUCAUCACAGAUGUGGACUACCUCCAUCAUAAAUUUAAAGGAACAUCUAUUGUGUUUGACAUGAGCUUGACAUAUAUUCUUGUGGCCCUUGUUGCUGUGGUACUAAACAAUGUCCUGGUGGAGAUGCUCAGCCUGCACACCAGGAUUACUGUGGGUUACCUCUUUGCUCUUGGCCCUCUGCUUUUUGUCAGCAUUUUUGAUGUGUGGCUGCAAAAGUUUUCCACAAACCAGGCAUAUUCCCUUAACCUAAUAUCUGUGGGUGUCGUGGCAUUUGGAUGCACAGUGCAGCAGUCCAGUUUCUAUGGUUACAUGGGAAUGCUUCCAAAACGCUAUACACAAGGAGUAAUGACUGGAGAAAGCACGGCAGGAGUGAUCAUUUCUCUUAGUCGGAUCUUUACCAAGCUGCUGAUUAAAGACGAGACGAAGAACACCAUCAUCUUCUUUCUCAUCUCCAUCAGCAUGGAGCUGAUGUGUUUCGUUUUGCAUCUGGUGGUGCGCAGGACAAGAUUCGUGAGUUAUUAUACUAGCCUGGCCCGUCAAGGCUUAAGCCACUCCAAAGACCACGCACACCACAGCAACCAGUACCACGUGCACCAUGACGUCAUAACAGAGGAUGUGAGAUUUGACAAUGGUGCAGUGGGUGUUUCUCCUGCUGAAGAUGGCAGUGUAGAAACAGACUACAGUGGCGGGAGCACAUAUGUGAGAUUUGAUGUGCCUAAGAUGAAGAUAAAAAGGAGCUGGCCAGGCAUCAAGGAUAUGAUCCUGCAUCGUUAUGUGGUCUCUCGUGUGAUAUGGCCUUACAUGUUGUCCAUUGCUGUCACCUAUUUUAUCACACUGUGCCUGUUUCCUGGCCUGGAGUCCGAGAUCCGCAAUGCCACACUGGGAGAUUGGCUUCCCAUUCUCAUCAUGGCAAUUUUCAACAUGUCCGACUUUGUUGGCAAAAUCUUGGCUGCUUUGCCUUAUGAGUGGAAUGGUGUUCGCCUGCUGUUUUUUUCAUGCAUAAGGGUGGUCUUUAUCCCUCUCUUCAUCAUGUGUGUGUUUCCCGUGCCAAAGCCUACACUUUGUCACCCAGCAUGGCCCUGUGUCUUCUCGCUCCUCAUGGGAAUCACCAAUGGUUACUUUGGUAGUGUACCCAUGAUUCAGGCUGCUGGAAAGGUGCCUCCUGAGCAAAGGGAGCUGGCAGGAAACACCAUGACUGUGUCAUAUAUGACUGGACUGAUGCUGGGAUCUGUAGUUGCCUACGCUGCCUAUCGUUUCACUGCCACAGGCUCAGGCACCAUCUUGAACUUCACCCAGGGGUAUUAACUCACCGCAACACAUUUUCACCAAUAACAUUCAUGUAUCUCAACAAAUUUCACAAAGUAGCAAAUCGGAAACUCUGCCACAGGUUUAUGUUGUCCCAACUGUAAUGCGAUGCACUUUGGAAUGUAUUAAACUAAGGGAAAUUCCUGCCAACACUAAAGACCUAUACGUAUGCUUCAUUGUGCUGUUCGUUGAUGUUUUAUGAAGGUAUACAUGUAUGUCUAGCUCCAGAAAGGGAGUCAUGUGGCUCAUGUCCUAUGGUGAAUUCUGCCUUGAUGUUCUCUACAAUGAAAAGCUGUAUUGUCUUCAAAUUGUGCAUCAUGAAUGUUGGACUAUAUAUAUAUAUAUAUAUAUAUAUAUAUAUAUAUAUAUAUAUAUAUAUAUAUUUUUUUUCUUUGCUAAAGCAACUGAAUGUGAAUCUUGGUGAAUAAAGGCUUUUUUUUGUACAUUGUAUUGAUUUUUAAUGCCCCUUUUAUGUGAAUGUAUACAUUUAAUAAUACAAAAUUACAAACAAACAUGUAUUACACAUUGUUUUCUGUUGUGUUCUAUAAAUGGAAAACAGAUAAUUUAUGAUAAUUUACAGUUUAAUUGAAUAAUGCCUUAACCGAUAAAGCCGUCAAACUUCACUCAAUAUUAAUCCGUCUUCAUUUACACUGUACUUAUUGAAUAAUAUAGAGUAAGCUAAAUAAGCCAGGUGUGUAAUAAAAUAAUAUCAAUGUC